AUGUCAUUCACACUCGAGAAGAAACAAACCAAAGCCCACCCAGUUAGAGCCAAAGGCGCUACAUUACUCGCCGAAGAUGCCAAUAACUUGACAAUUGUAUACAACAAAUACAAAUCAAAUUGUCCACGUCCAAAGCCUCAAUCUCAAUUAACAUACAAUCUCGUAUUUUGUCAUGGAACAGGAUUCAAUAAAUCAAUUUGGAACUAUCAUAUCAAGAAGUUAUUCCAGCUCUCACAAUCGUUGCAAGUUCCAUGGUUUUUGGACACUGUGAUUAGUGUCGAUGCUGUUGGACAUGGUGAUUCGAGUUUAGCCAAUUUGGACAAAUUGGGUCCUGUGUAUACUUGGGAUGAUGGAGCAAGAGAUGUGAUUGAAGUUGUCCAACAUGAAAUUCGUAGUACUGGUGAUUUUAAAAACGAUUCCAAUUCAAGAACGGUUAUUAUUGGCCAUUCAAUGGGUGGGUUUAUUGCCACGUAUGCCGCAUAUUUAGAGUGUACUUUGUUUGAUUCAGUUAUUGCUGUUGAACCGGUCUUGUACGGUACCCCGGAUAAUGCCGCUAUAUAUAUGAAAUUGUUCAAAAAGAUUUCUGGACUCAUUUUGGAUACAUUCGACACAGAAGAGGAUGCUAGAUACUUUUUCGAAAAGUUUUCCUUCACAAAGUUACAUAAUCCAGAAGUGUUGAACGAUUACAUGGCUGAUGAAAUCUACAAGACCAAGAAUGAAGAAGGUAAAGAAGUAUACAAAAUCAAAUGCUUGAAAAACCUUCAAGUUGCAGCUUAUUUGGGGUCAAUGAUGUCGCUUCGUAAAGGUAUGUUGGCAUUACCUGAAUUGAGAGUACCAUUUUUGCAUGUUAUUGGAUCUAAAGCUAGAUGGAACCCACCGGAGAGUAUCUCAUGGGUUAGAGGUGCGGUUAAUCCAAAGUUUUUUGCUGGUGGAGUUGAUAUUAUAAAUGGUGAACAUUUAGUCAAUGGUGAAAAACCGGAUGAAGUUGUUGAGAUAAUCAAGGAUUUCUUGACAAAAAGAAACGAGGUGUUGGAUAAAGAGAAAUCGAAUAUUCCUGAAGUUUCAUUAAAAGGAGACACUGCUGCCUUACGUGAGCAAGAGUUUGGUAAGUUAUUGAAAGGAGAUCUUCAGGAUAUUUAUGGGUAUGAGCUUGCAAUGCACGUACCCUUUGAUCUUACUUUGAACAAGACUAAUAGUAAAUUGUGA